UCUCAAGCCGCUGAAGUCAGGAUGCUUUCCCACGGACGUCACGAGCUGCAAGAUGAGUUGUCCGAGCAUCUACCACGACACAUCGCGCUUCACGUGCCCUUGCUACAGCAAAAUGGGCGAGUGUCUCGUGCGCAUCGGAUGCAGCUUUAGCCAGCGCAAGGAGACCAUGGCCUCAUGCACACGUAAAGGGUACUGCAAAGCGGGCUACUGCACGUAUCGUCUGGGCGACUUCACGCCCAAGCUGGGUGCUCGGCGCGAGAUUUUUGACGCAACGGCAGUCGUCCCGCCCGACUCGCCCUGCGUCGAUGGUUGCUGUCCUGGUAGCGGUAGCUGCACCGAGAACCCAGUCAUGAGAGCGCUGCGGCAACCUGGGCGCGCGUAUCGGCUCGAAGAGCCCAAGCUACCGCCUCGCUAG